AUGGAUAUUCCUACAACUCUUCCUAAUUUUAUCUCAGUCCCAGAGCAAUAUCGUCUAGUGGUCACUCAGGUACUGGUUAAUAGUCCAUCUGCCAAGGAUCCUCCUCAACCCUCAUUUCCAAAGCUUCAUGAUCAACAGUCUUCGUCUAUCCCUCGACAAAGUCAAGGAAAUCAAUUGAGAUACUCUCUAUUGCAGACAUUCCCAAUGUGGCUACCAAUCCCAUGCCAUGCCAAGUACCAAGACACAAGGGACAUUCCUAAAAGGAAGCUAUCAUAUGUACCAUCAAGGUCACCUCACUUCAAAAGUUUAUCACUCAGGGGCAAGAUAUCCCAAGAUCAGUUAAUCAGGGGUAAUCCUCUUCAGAACUCCAACCACUGGGGCAUGUCAUCUUCAGAUUACCAAAUGAAUGUCAAGCUUUUGUACGCACAAUCUUCUUCUUCCUCACAACUUUCCGUUGCGGGUACCUUAUCCAGUGAACCUCGACAAUCCACCACCAUCAGACAAAUUCGUCCACCGCUUCAACCUUAUCUUUCAUAUCCAUACUUUGUUUCACGUCAAGGUUCGACGUUGUUCUGCUUCACCUUCAUCAUUCAACCUUCACUGCGUGCGAUUCGCUCGGUUCUCCUCUUGAGUCCGUACCACCGCCACGAUUCGAUUCGUUCUCAUCUCCGUCCGUCAUCAUCUCAUCCUUUCUGUGGCUCGUUCUACUUCUCCAAUCUCAGAGAGAUAAGGAGGUAUAUUGUACAUUUCAGAAGAUAG